AUGGCUUCAAACGACAUCAAUACAUGCGCUAGACGCAUCAGCCAACACUUGGAUACCUACAACGCCAUCAAAUCCGACAUCAAUGAUCUCCGUGCUCAAAUUAUAGAGAGCAGUGGUCCCGACAAACAAAACCUUGAAGCAGUGCUUCAAAUUCGGACCCAGGAGAAGACGGAUGAAGCUCGCGCCGCCAUCAACACACAAAUCCAAAUGCUCAACCUGGUAGUUGGUUCCGGAUGGACCAGAAUUCCAUUUAAUAUCCGGACGGCGUUGAAUCGAAUCUUUUCCGGAGAUGGUCUCGCCGAAUUGCGAGAACGGUUUGAGCUGGGGCGUGACCUUGCCAUUUCUGAUAAUGGCGAAUUGGCUGGCCCCAACCCCAAUGCCUUGACACUCCUUUCUCGGCAAACAAGGGCCCAAACCCGUGCCGCAGUGAGAAGGCCACUCACUGAGAUCUCGGCAAACAUUGUUCUCGACACCCCGGCACCCAAAAGGCCUCGUCUUAACGCCCCGGAGGUUGUCCCCCCUACCCCGGCAGCCAUUCCCGCCAAUGCCUUUUCCCUCCCCGAGUCGCCAUCAAUCGGUCCCAGGCGUUCGUCCCGUCUCUCUAGCGUCCAAAAAGUCAAUUACUCUAUAACAUUGGACGACGCCGCCAGAGAGGACAGUCCUGAUGAUGUCGAAUCAGAAGGAUCAUUCAAAGACGACAUGUUGGAUAUUGACGACAUUGACGACAUGUUUGACGACUUGGAGGACGCCGACUUGGAAGAAGAUGGCCCAUCGACAGCCACAAGAAGUGUCCCAGAGACUGCCAAGUGCACGCCUUUUACCGAUGAGAAUGGGCUUCUUCGAAUCGGUCCUCAGCCAAAGGCACCAGCAAUGUACAUCAAAUGGGUACCAAGAAAAAAGGCUAUAUUUCGAAUAAAAAAUAACAGCCGACACGCUUAUAAGAGGGUAGAUCGAAAGAUCAAACAAUUGGCCUCUAUUGAUCAUGAGUCGGAGUUAGCCGCUAUUUAA